CAUUCUUUCCUCCCCCCAUCUCCUCAUCCCAAUCUCACUCUCUCCCUCUCCCUCCUCCCUUUAUCUCUCGUGCAAUUUCAGAGAAAAUGGCUGUUGUGGGUUUGGUCUGCAUUGCUUCAGUCUUGGCAUUAGCAUUUAUGCUAGUAGCCGAGGCCAGGAUCCCAGGUGUAUACACUGGUGGAGAUUGGCAGGGUGCCCAUGCCACCUUCUACGGAGGCAGUGAUGCUUCCGGCACUAUGGGUGGGGCAUGUGGGUACGGCAACCUGUACAGUCAAGGGUAUGGAGUGAACACUGCAGCGCUCAGUACAGCACUGUUCAACACUGGACUGAGCUGUGGCGCGUGCUUUGAAAUCAAGUGUGCCAGUGACCCCGGCUGGUGCCACCCGGGCAGCCCCUCCAUUUUUGUUACUGCUACAAACUUCUGCCCGCCAAAUUAUGCUUUGCCUAAUGACAAUGGUGGAUGGUGCAACCCUCCUCGUCCUCAUUUCGAUCUGGCCAUGCCCAUGUUCCUCAAGAUCGCCGAGUACCGCGCCGGAAUUGUCCCCGUCACCUACCGCCGGGUGCCGUGCAGGAAACAAGGCGGCGUCAGGUUCACGAUUAACGGAUUCCGUUACUUUAACCUGGUUCUGGUCACCAACGUCGCGGGUGCAGGGAACAUCGUGAGGGUGAGUGUGAAGGGAAGCAGGACUGGUUGGAUUAGCAUGAGCCGUAACUGGGGCCAGAAUUGGCAAACCAACGGCAAUCUGGUCGGUCAGUCACUGUCGUUUAGGGUCGCAGCCAGUGACAGACGCAGCUCCACCUCAUGGAAUAUAGCCCCAGCACAUUGGCAAUUUGGUCAGACAUUCGUUGGGAAGAACUUCAGAGUCUAACUCGAGAACAAAUCCGAGCCCGGAAAAAUUGGAUUUACAUUUUUACCCUUGUUGGUGGCACCAUGUUUUCUGUUGGGGUCAUUAUUAUUCCUAUAUCUAAUAUAUACUUACUACUGUUUCACACUGUUGGCAGGGUUUUUUUUUUUUUUUUUUGAUUGACUUUAUUAUAACAAUUUGGGAUCGUAGGAGUGGGGGGAUGGUUGGUCAUUGGGCAUUGUGAGGAAAGGUGUAAAAGUAAAGUGUGGGGAGUGUUGUAGUAAUAGUAGUAGAAGAAGAAAGGGGGAGUGAGGAGGAGCUGAGGCGGCUGCACAAGACGUGUAGCCCGCAGCUUUUGAAAUUACUACUAGUACUUUUGCUAGUAGUUGUAGUAGUAGUGGAAUUGUACGUACUAUGACUUCUAUUUUGGUGAGUUGCUUAUUGUAUUUCUGGUACUUCUAAUGAGGCAAUCUUCAUGUUGAAUUUGCUA